GAUCAAAAAAUUGGCUUUGGAGAACAUUUUACAGUGCUAAACUCGUAGAUCGAGUACGUGGACUUUGUGCCUGGUGUCGCGAAAGUUUUCGAUCGACGUAGUUUGCCCGAGCGACGAUCAUUGCCCGUUUCUUAUCGCUCGAUCGUUUUGCUGUUCGAACAUCAAAAGAAAACUGCGGAAGAGGACUGAUUAUUCUGGCGCGUAUUACUGCCUUUGGUGCAACCGGAUUCACGUGCGUCAUCAAUAUCCAGGAGAAAAACAUUGUAGUUAUUUGCUUAUCGAUAGCAUUCCAUAAUUUGAUCGUGAGAAAGAGAUCGUGAGAAAGAGAUAAUCUUGGAGAACAACAUCGGGAGAUAGAGAUUCGCUACUCGUAUGAACCGAGUGCGUGGAGAACAGUUUUCCCGAUAACUUGAGAAAAAUUAACAGCAGCAUCCGCGUGGAAUGUGUGUUCGCCACGCGAACAAUUCCACGCUCUAGACUUCAUUGUCAUUCAAAUAAUUCGAUAACAACGUCUAUUUACUCACGAUAAUUGCGCAACCUGUGCCCUCCUGGGAGGCCCGCUUGGCAUUGUCGUUUCGUUUUCCAAAUUCUUAGCGGAAGUCGAAAAAUUUGUUCGCAAACUUCCGACGCAUCUACUUGAUGCUCGGUACGUGAUUCCGCGACGGCGACGGCGAUAACGACAACGGGCGUCGCGACGCAUCUCGUAGGAUCCGGCGAAAGACCAUGCAGAGGCAUCGAUUCGAUUAGCGAAUCCACGGAUCAUCGAGAGGAUCGAGGGGAGCGAUGACCAUCGGGUAGGAUUGCCGCCGACAGGGAAUCACGCGGAAGCUGAUCGAGCGCAAGGUUCUACCGGGGGGGGGAGGGGGUUAUUAUGUUAGGAACAGGAUUAUGCUCUCUGCUGAAGGUGUUGGUGCUGGCGGGAGCGGCCAUCGCGCUCCUGCCAGAGGAACUGGAGGACCACGUCCCUCCGGUCAGUCUCCAGAAGGAAUGCGCUUCCAAAUGCCCGAACUUGGACCUCACGCAGAAUCGGACGGACGACCUGAGUUCGGAGGUAGGAUGCGGCGCGAGAUGCAAGAUCGAUCAAUGUACGAAAGGCUGCGAAGCAUGGGAACAGGCGCUCGAGACAAGCUGCCAAGCUGUUUGCAAUGGAACGCAAGAAUUGCUACCGCCGAAGGAAUUAUACUGCGUUUUAGGCUGUCACGAUGCGUUAAAUCGUUAUUUUCAGCAGCUCAAAGCGGAAAUUGGCACUCCACCGGCGCCGGCGUUGGUCGCGGAUUCCUUGACGGCGACCUCGCUCAGUCUCGAAUGGAAAGGAGUAGACAUAGACAGACGCGCCGGAGGCAUUUCAUACCUGGUUCAAUGGAGAUACGAAGAAUUAGCUGAGACAUGGCAGUACUGUCGGAAUCAGUCAUGGGGCGAAGGUGAUCAAAUAUUAGUCGAGAAUUUGCAGCCAUACACCAAGUACAGGUUUCGCGUAGCGCUGCUCCUGAAAUCGUCGCAGCACAAUCCGGAGCCGAUCGUGUCAGCGCCGAGCGUGGUAAUUUUAACGUACGCGGACGGUCUACCGACAUCAGCACCGGUAAUUGUAAGAGCGGCGGCGGUAGACAGCUACCGGGUGUCUGUGUCUUGGGAACCGGGCCCAUUCCCGAAUGGGCCACUUUUGUCCUAUGUCCUGCGUCUGCAAGGGGUUGAACACUCGCAGCUUAAGGAUAUUCCAGUCUCCGAGAAUACCGAUCAUUACAUGUUUCAAAAUCUCGAACCUAAUCAGAAUUACUCUGUCAGUGUAACUAUGAGAAAUAGUGUCGGGGAAGGUCCACCUGCAAUUACCAAUAUUUGUACCUUCUCAAAACCUACUAUCAAGGACACGAAACAACCGAGUCUUAUCCUGAGUGGUGAGCACAAGAUCAUGAAGCAGGGUGCCAAUAUGUUGGACGAUCCCAGCAUCAUUUAUCAGACCAACGAUGUGAUUCGCGGAGUUGCGAUACAUGUGGCGUCCGCUCAGCUAUUUAUCUCCACUUCGGAGGGUUGCGUCUAUCGAAUUUCAAUCAACGAGCAAUCCGCGCCGGAAGUCAUUUUGAGCCCCGGUGGAGUGAACUUCAAACCUUUGAGUCUUUCCAUCGAUUGGCUGAAUCUUCACCUGUAUAUCUUGGGAGAAGUUGAACAUGCGACGACAGUGUGGCAGAUAGCCAGAUGCAACCUGGAUGGCAAGAGCUUGACGGUGGCCAUGGCUGGAUUUUUAACUCGACCCUCGCACAUCGAGGUUGAUCCUUACAACGGAUACCUUUUUUGGGUCACUAAAGCGGGAUUGUUUAGAUUAGAUUUGGCCGAUAUCAGCAACGGUGUGAAACACGAGGUUCAACCAUAUUUAAUUCUCGACGAUGCUCAUUUAGGUGCUUUUAUGGUAGACCAUACGAAUUUUCGAUUACUUGUCCCUCAUCACACUCAAAACACAGUGAUAUCCGUAUCGUUGGACGGUCGCGAGAUUGUUAAUCUUCGUCCCAAUACGCAAAAACCGAAAUUCAAUAACGUGGUUUCACUAGCCAUGGCAAACGGAUUAUUUUAUUGGACUAGUGGUGAAGAAGUUCUUACCGAAGUCUAUCAUUCUGGUCAAAACAGAUACUUCCACAAUUCCUAUCCAGACAAGUCUGACAUCUUCGUGAGCGUGACUGUGUUUACGAACGCAAGUCAGCCCGUUCCUGUCCCAGUGAAUCCACCCACAGGAGUGCAAGCUGUUCUGGGGGCGGAAAGGGCUAAAGUUUCCUGGCAAGCUCCUCAUCUACUGGGCGGUCAAGGAAAAGGCGCUUGGCAAAAUUGGUCAUAUGAGCUCGAAAUCAAGGACGAAUCUACCGGCGAAACUAUCUAUCAGAGAGAUAUUUCCGGAUCAUCUCACACCGUUCAUAAUUUGCGAGAAAGAUCAGAAUAUUCGAUCAAAGCUGCGGCCUACACCAGCGCCGGUAGAGGACCGUGGUCUACGGAGUUUCGAGGAAGAACCUUAAGAAAUGGCUCACAUGCGUCUAUCUUAUGGUCAUCGAACGAAGGGAUUUUAAGAAGUGACGUAACUGGCGAAAAUAUCGACACGCUAGUUAACAAGGCGACUCUGAAGGAGUCCGAAAACGAAUUUCAUAUCGUCGACGUUAGUUGGUAUAAGGAUGUGCUGUACAUUGUAGGAAAUAAUUCCGCUUUGUAUCGUUAUAAUAUUAGCAGCCAUCAAAAAACGAAACUCAACAUACAUUCGGUAGGAAGUGUCGCCGUAGACUGGGUAUCGAAGAAGCUGUAUUGGGCAAAUCCAAAACAACAGAUAAUAACAAGGGCAAAUCUGAAUGGAUCUCAACAAGAGCCAAUGUCUAUCCUGGCAAUUGUAAAGGAACUCAUGAUUGAUUCUCUCGAAGCGUACUUGUAUUGGUCUACUGGCCACGCCGUUGAAGUAGCACGAUUGAAUGGACAAGACAGAAGAUAUUAUCAUUUGGAUGAAAUUUUUAAUGGCAAGCAAGUGAUGGGAUUAACUCUUGACACUGAAAAUAGAUAUGUCUAUUGGAUCGUACGAAGUUACGAAAGUGGAUCCAUCGUCUAUCGUGCUCCUACGUCCGAAAGAAUUCCGAUGAAUCAUAAAAUUAUUCCGGAAAAGGUUUCUGUUUUGCAAUAUCCAAACAUGCAAGGACCUCUGUGUUAUUUUUCCGAGCAUCUGCUAUGGCUGCAAGACGAUAGAAACGCAGUGAUCGGCGAUCUCUUUGGCCAGAAUACCGCUGUGAUCAACGGAAUUACUCUGUCCGGUUUAUACAUGGUAGCUGUUAUGGAUCCCGCGCUUCAUCAUUAUCCGAAAAAUCUGACAUCGGAAACCGUGGUAGUUUUGCCAAACGCGGUCGAUCUCGAUAGUAUAAGAGUCGAAGGGACCUGGCGGAACUUCAACAUAUCAUGGGAUCCCGUGAAGAAUAUCAACUACGGCACGGUUUUUUAUGAAGUAAAAUUCGCGGAUUAUAUUAAUACGAAUUCGAAUCCGGAAAUCACGAUCGAAACGACAAUGUUUUACAACAAUUCGGAUCAGAUCGUGCCCUAUUCCGUCCUGGAAGUCACCGUGAAGGCUUUUACUUACUGGGAAACGGCGCACCAUUCUCGAAAGAUCUUGAGAUCUCCGGAGAGUGAGCCGAGUCAACCAACGUCUCCCAGAGCAUUCGUGGAAUUUUACAAAAAACUUCUAAGCAAUGAUAUCGACAUUUUUACGAUAUUUAGAUGGAAUCAACCUGAAUUUACGAACGGAGUGAUCCAAGGGUACACGGUUCAGUGUUGGUACAUCGAUAACCAGAAGGAAAUGUCAAUCUGCGACGAUUACGGCAUCCCAGCUACAAUAUUGGAGUUUACGGUGCAUAAUUUAAGCCCCAAUACGACCUAUUACUUUAAGGUACGAGCGUAUACCAAAAUCGGUGCUGGCCCUUACACGGAGCCGAUUAGUGUAUCGACCACGUAUGAGAAUCCGGUGCCUGAAUUACUGGUCGCCACAACGGACGCCGUGAGGAUAUCAGAUCUUGACAGGGAGGCCAACUACACGCUCACCAGGCACGUCGCGACGGAGGUCAAUUACUUGACAGCGGAGAACAAAAUUUACUGGAUCAGCGAGAUGCGGGAGCUGGUGACGUCGGAUAUGAACGGGGCCAACGCAACGAAAAUACUUGCUUUAAACAAUACCGCGCACAGUCUCUGCGUCGAUUGGGUAGCAAGAAAUCUGUAUUGGGUGGAAUACGAAUAUAAUAAAGAUGAACCGUGGAAAAUCAGCAGCAGCUACAUCAUGAAACUAGAUUUAAUAAUGUGGCAAGCAGGCACAGUUAAACAUGAGAUCAUCGUGAGGAGGGGAGGACGCAUUCCGAUUUUAGAUCUUCUACCAUCUUUGGGAUUUUUAUAUUGGAUUGAGACAAAUGAGGGAGGUACAAUAAUGCAAUCGGAUCUGAAUGGAAAAUAUGUGCAAUACUUUUUCGGAAACAAUGAUAGCUCAUGUUCUUGUCCACACAGACCGUCAUUAAUAUCCACGCUAACGGUUGAUAAAACUGACAUUGAAAAACCGAUGAUGUAUUGGAUAUCAUCGGAUGGACGUUUAAAUGUGGCUGAUAUUCACAGUUGUUCAUGCAACGUGAUAUUACGAGCGAGCUUUAAAACUGCUGGUCUCACAUUUCUCACAGUCGACAAAAUGAACAUUUACUGGUCCAACGAAACAAAAGACCAAAUCUAUUUCGUGAGAAAAGAGCAUUCUUUCGAUAAGGAAAACGCAUCGCCGGAGCCGGAGCCGGAGGUAAAAAGCUUCUACCUGCCCAACGUACGUCGGAUCAGAGCUCUGAGCAAGUCUUUGCAACCCUAUCCCAUCGCGAAGUGUCUGAUACCUCGUCAAACGGGCUACGUCGUCGAGAGACUGAGCGAAACGCCGAACAGUAUCGUCGUCAGUCUUCCGGAACCGAAUUCUGAGCGUGAUUGUGAGAAUUACAGUUUACCUACCACGCUGUACACCAUCCAGGUGUCCCGCUGUCCGAGGAACAAUUCCGACAAGUGCGAGGUGACCAGAGUGCAGACGUACGAGCGACGUCACGAGAUCCAGAAUCUGAUGCCAUUCACGGAAUACACGCUGAGAUUGGCGCUGAGCAAUUUCUACGGUAAUCUGCUGACGACGAAGCUGGAAUUCGGGGCGGAAGUGGUGCUGAAGACCACCGCGGGCAGACCCAGCAAGCCGGAGAACGUCACGGUGCAGGUUCUGACGCCAACGUUGGCGGCGGUCUAUUGGAUGCCGCCCAAGAUGCUGAACUCCGCGGUGGUUCAUUACGAGGUGCACUGGAGAUCGAUCCUCCUCCUGAACGGCAUGCGGCAAAAAGGCGAACAGUUGAUCAAAGAACCCGAGCGCAUGACGGACGGCAGAUUUUUCACGACGUUGCAGCCGUUGCUACCGGGACAGAACUAUCUGGUGUACGUGCGCGUAUAUCCUGCCAAUUUCAACGAUUACUACAACGAGAGCCUCAGCCAGCUCAUCCGUAUGUACUCCGAACCGAACAAUCUGACGGUGAACGGGAUCACUGUGAACAGCAUGAACAUCUCUUGGAUUCCGAGCGUUAAUCUGACGGUCGGUUAUAUGCUGGAGUACAAAGACGUCGCGAUGGAGGAAUGGCAAAUUGCCCGAAAUAUCGAGGUGAAGGAGGAUCAAGUGACGUAUUACAUAGAAGGUUUACAGCCGCGUACUUUGUACAAGUUCCGCUUGAGACUGAAGUACCCUGAGUAUAAGGAGGACUUUGUAUGGCCGUCUGAUGGGAGAUUCACAUUCCAAACACUUGGUGACGUCCCGAGCGCUCCAGGAAUGCCUACGAUAACGAGACUCCGAAAUUCUGUCUAUCAAUUAAAUUGGGAACCCGCGCAAGCUCAUGGCUCGCAGGUGACUCUAUAUCGUCUGGAGGGUUUGAUCAUCGACGACAAUUAUAAGGAGAACGAUGGGAAUAACGAAAAUAACGAGCAUUGGAAUUUGUAUUAUAACGGAACAGACAAUUAUUGGAUAAUUCCCGGAGACGUGGAUCAGAAAUAUCAGUUUCGCGUGCAAGCCAAAAAUGCCUAUGGUUUCGGUGCUUGGAGUAAAUUAAGCGCGAUCGUUGAUCUGACGGAGUCCACCGGAGGGAUAUUGGCUACACAACAGCAUCUACCGCUGAUGUUAGGCCUGAUCGCCUCAGUCGUUUUUAUCGUAAUGUUGGCGGGCUCGUGUUACUUUUUCCCAGUGUAUCGACAACAUAAAGAAGACAAAAAGGCAGUUUUGCCUCCGAUAGUGUCCGAUGUCGAGUUAGCGACUCUCCGCGAAAUUCCUCGCGGGAACUUUGUUCAGUCUAACGCGCUUUACGCCUCUACGUUGCAAAAUGAUCCGGAUGAUUCUGCGCUGCCCAAAAUCAGACAAGAACAAAUCACACUGGCAAAGUUCUUAGGUAGCGGGGCAUUCGGAAAGGUAUAUCAGGGCAUUGCCAAGGAUUUAGAAGGAUCGGGUAUAAAGACACCCGUCGCCAUAAAGAUGCUGCGAAAGGAUGCUUCUUCUCAAGAGAAAACGGAAUUCUUACAAGAGGCCAGGCUUAUGAGCCAUUUUCGCCAUAAACAUGUGCUGAGAUUGCUAGGCGUUUGCUUGGACACGGAUCCUCCGUUACUCGUGCUGGAAUUAAUGGAGGCUGGUGAUCUGCUAAGUUAUCUGAGAGAGAGUCGGUCUUUGCAACUCACAGAUCCGCACGCUUUGCGUCUCCAGGAUCUACUCGCCAUGUGCGAGGACGUCGCACGGGGCUGUCGUUAUCUGGAAGAGUUGCAUUUCGUGCACAGAGAUCUCGCAUGUCGAAACUGUUUGGUAUCCGCGAGGGAUCGCGAGAAUCGCGUCGUGAAAAUCGGCGACUUUGGAUUGGCCAGAGAUAUUUACAAGAAUGACUAUUAUCGCAAGGAAGGGGAAGGUUUGCUUCCCGUUCGUUGGAUGGCACCGGAAUCCUUGGUGGACGGUGUUUUCACUUCGCAGAGUGACGUCUGGGCGUUCGGGGUGUUAAUGUGGGAAAUAACGUCAUUGGGACAGCAACCCUAUCCUGCCAGGACCAAUCUAGAGGUGUUACAUUAUGUGCGUGCUGGCGGCAGAUUGCCGAAGCCUCUUAACUGCCCGUCAACGUUACACCAGCUGAUGUUGCGUUGUUGGAGCGCAGCGGACGCCAGGCCGAGCUUCAAGAUUUGUCUCGAGAGUAUCAUCGUUCUGAGAAGUCAUAUAGAAGACGCGGUGCUGAACCCUGUGCACGCUGGGCACUUCCUGGCACGCAGAGGAAAUUCCUGGAAAUCUAGUAGCUCCGAAGGAAGUCGGGACAUGCAACCUUUUCUGCAAAACUCGAACAACGCCACGCUCAGCCCACAAUCCAGUGAGGCUCCGAAGUAUCUAGAGUUAUUAGCAGACAACGAAGAUGUUGUUUUAAGGGAGAAUCCUACGAAUGGCUACGAAGUACCUCGUUCGAUCCACAUCUCGGAUCAGAAUCUAGCGAAUAUAAGCAGCAUCAGUUGCACGAGUCACGAUCGGAAGAGCAGUCUGCCUGUGGAAAUAACGGGAAAACGCAAGGAAAGUACAGCGGAGGGACAAAAGCAGUCCGAUAGAAAGCUAUAUAAAAGAUCAUCGAUCGCUAGUCUAAACUUGCCAGAUCGAAAGGGCACGUCGAUUUCGGAGAUACCGGAAAAGUGCAACACGUUGGACGGCUCGAAAUCAUCGGUGAACUCAAUCGCAAGGGCAACUCUGAAGAGGGAUUCUUUCUCGUCUUUGAACGGCCAGCGGAAGUACAAGACCAGCUUGAACGAGCGAAGAGACUCCGAGGCGAGCAUCGGGAACAGGAGCUGUAGCUCGCACAGCCUGGCGCCUUCCACGCGUCCUAGUUCGUCCUUGAUCAAUUCGCAGACGAUCCUACCCACGUGUCUGAAGGGCAACGUCAUCAUGACGAAUGUCGCCGUAAACGGGGAAGUGCCUUCGAACGAGAACACGGUGGCAAAGAAUACGUUGCCGAAGGUUCAAAGGACUUCGAACUUGCAGAAUGGCAAGGCGAAUAUACCACUCGUGAUAAACAGCGCAUUGCUGAAUCUAUUACGCAGGCAGACGCCCGUCGUCGAGGACGGCAGCAAUAUCGUCACUUAUACAAAUAUAAAUGCGGACGCGGUCAAAGUGAACGGAUCAUAAAUUGUCGAGCUUUAAAUUAAUAGUAGAUUUUAAACAUUCGUAUGAAUCAUAAUAUAAAGACGGCGAGAUUCAUACGAAUUACUUUUGAACUUGAACGACAUUAAUCAAGGCAAUUAAAUAUUCCAAUAUUUAUCAAAUAUGAGAAUAGAUUUCACUCAUUUCAUACAUUAUACGUAUUAUUUUUGACGCAAUUUUUUAAGUGAUUCGUACAGUAGAGUUAUUCUUCUUUAAAAAAAUCCAGAAUUGUCUUGUAGUUUGGUAGAAAAUUCCUUGAUAUAUAGUCGCUAUGAUUUUGCUCAAAUUUCUUGUUUCUCUUCGUUUGUUUUUUUUUUUUUUUUAUUUCUAAAGUGAUGCCUUAAAUAUCAAACUAUACACAUUCAUUAAGCUUUGCUUAUAUCAUUAAUGUCAAAGUAUUUUGUAUCUACAGAAAAUUGCAGAAUAUGAGGAGCAGAGUUGAGAAUAUAGCUUUAAACUGCCAUUUUAAUGUACAUACAUAAACUUUUAUACUCAAAAAUUUGUUACGCAGAUAUGGCAGAUCCUUUUGGGACAUAUGAAUUUUGCAACUUUAGUGAUGAUCAUGAAACUGUUAUUUAAUGUAGGAAUAUAUUGAUAUAGAAAAUGAUAAAUAUGAAAUAUAUAUAUAUAUAGAGUUUAAUUUUAUAAUUAUGAUUUUAAAUAACAUAUUUAUUGAAUCUGUGAAGUUUUUCACUGAUCAUUGUACAAAUUUUAUAUUCGAUGAUAACUAAGCACAAAUAUGGAAAUCAAUAUAAGAAAUUGUUAAGUUUUCUAUGUAGUUUUAAUGAUACAAAAAAUGUAAUUUUAUUGCUUAAGAUAAAUUAGAAUGUAUAUAAUUUUAUGAAGUUUAUGGACUGACUAUACUUGAAAUAUUUUCAAGUAGCUUUAUAAGAUAAAUUAUGGAUCAGUGAAUGUUACAGAUAAUAAUUGUAAAUAAUAUAUUACAAAUAAUAUACAAGAUUAAACUUUCAAUUAUUUUUAACCUACAAAAUACAUACACGAUAUACUUUAAACUCUUUUUAUGUUAGUCACAAAAAAUAUGCAAAA